AUGCAUGUUUCCGUGAUACACGCGCUCGUUUGCGGCACUCAAGCUUCAAUCUGGACCUCUGUGGCUGUGUGGGUGUACCUUACCUACUCCGUAUUCCCGACAGCUGGCUACGUCAUUUCAGCUCAACCUGGGCCUGGGCCCCGAUUCAUCGACAAGAGCCCCUCCCGUCUUCUCACCUACCUUACCACUUAUGCAAGCUAUCUACCUACCUACCUACCCACGUGCUUCCGUCAAAGGAAUAAUCAUGUGACGACGAUCACGGUGACGAAAUGCAGUGUAUCUUCAACUCGGCUUGUCUCAGACUACGGCGGCCGAUCCGUGUGGGUAAAUGUCGGUGGUCGAUUUCCAUUAGCAACGAAUGUAUGUAGACGAGAAACAUCCAAGGGUGAACUGUGUCAGUUCCAGUCCCAGAGCGGACCACUCCUUGAACGUAAGCGCAGUCCGGACACAAUGCGCAAUGUAGGUGCUGCUCUCAUUCCAUUGAACCUUCCCUUGCUUGCCGUGCUUGCGUGCGCUACCUUAUUUGGCUGA